AUGGUAGAGAGCACUUAUGCGAGCGACUCGCCGAGAUCACGCUCGCCCAUGACAGAACCGUCGAGUCCGCUGCACGAUGGUCCCGGUAUAUCCGGCUACGGCCACAGCUAUCUGUACAGUUACUCACCGGACGCGCAGAAUCACGUCGCGACGACACGUCGCAACAACAGCGAGGCGACCGAUGCCGCACACGAUCGGACCUUCGCCAGGAGUCCAAUUGGCGCGGAGGAUACACCGCGGCACCGGAUCCGCGAGCCGAUCUCCUCGCGACCGGGCGGUUCAUCCGCGACUAUGUCAUCUCCCACCUCGCUCUUCACCAUCGAUAGCAUCCUGGCUCCGAGGCCGAUCGGCAACGUCGUCGUCCCCACAAGCACAGUCGCCGCAUCCGUGAUCCAGACGCCGGAGACGAUCGAAUCGUCGGCCACCGGCCGCACCACGGCGAUGCACCCGUUGCAGCAGCAGCUGCAUCAUUUGGCGUUCACUUCGGCGGAUUUUCUCGCCGCGGCAUAUCCAGGAUUGUAUCCCGGAGGAUACGUGGCGGCGAUGGCCGCUGCCGGUGUUUCCCUUCACGGACAGCCGGCCUUUUACCAUACCGGUCAUCCUUAUCAAAUAAAUCCCAAUAACCCGGGAAUGGGCCCGAUGGCCAAGAGAAAACGUCGCCAUCGGACGAUAUUCACGGAGGAACAAUUGGAGCAAUUGGAAGCCACCUUCGAUAAGACGCAUUAUCCUGACGUGCUGUUGCGAGAACAGCUGGCCCUUCAGGUUGAUCUCAAGGAGGAGAGAAUCGAGGUGUGGUUCAAAAAUCGUCGCGCCAAGUGGCGAAAGCAAAAGCGAGAGGAGCAAGAUCGUCUGCGGAAAUUGCAAUUGGAGCAGCGUCAGCGUACCGACGACGGCGGUGCCGCAACGACAGUGAUGGUGGGCGAUCGUUUGGGCCUGAGUACGCAGCAACAGCAGAAGCUUGAGCAAGAUACGGACAGCUCCGAUCUCGAGGUAGCGUAGUGUGGCCACGAUUUUGCGCAUCGAUAAUCGAUAAUCGAGGGGAUUGAAGACGAUGGAAGACGGCCCGGUGCUUUCGCUCUUGUCAACAACGGGGCAUGUACAUACGUAAUCACGCUGUAAAUAUCAUUGUAAAUAUGAAUAACGAUGAAUGUG